AUGGAAGGAACAACAGUCAACCUGGGGAGCAUCACAGUUGUGCGCAAAAACUCGCCAUUAUCGCUCGAACUGACAGCCUCUUUCCUCAUCGACUCGGACACGACUGCUCUGGGAUUAAAUCAGCUGACCGCAACUGACUUUUCCCAACACUCCAAAGACGGCAACCUAUGGAUGGCAAAGUCGGGGUCUUGCCAGCUUGUCUUCAAGACGUUCAUCAAUGGCCAGCUACCGGAUUCAAACGUGAUCCAUCCAUCUAUCAUCUCAUCUCUAACUGGUAUGGCUGCUGAGUGCUCGCUCUGGGAAGAACUCGGUCUGGAGCUUAAAGCUAAGCAUUUGCCGCUUCCGUUUGGUUCCCAAGAGGAGGAUCAGAAGUCGGAGACUUCGUAUUUUCUUUGCCACCCGGAUCUCUCCUCGGAAAUGAUCGUGCCGCACACGCUGACUUGUGUAAAGUUCAAAGGCUUGAGCUGUAACAUCAAUAUUCAGCUCGAUACAUCAUGGAGGAGGGCCGGUGAGCCUAAACGACCAUCAAAAUUGGCCGCUGAAGAAAUCGCACAGGUAGAACUAGAGCCUCCUAUGGUUGAAAAGUCCAGGACUGGCGUGCGGAAAAAUCCACGACGGAUCACAAGAACCGUUAACGUUAAGUAUGCGGGCACUUCGCAAAGACAGGCCAAGAAAGCCUGCCCUGUCACUCAGCCCGAUUUGGCAAAUUCCAACUCAGACCCGGUCAUCCUCCUCUCGAUCUCGGAAGAGGAAAAGAAGGAGAUGGCAUUACUCCUGGAUGUCGCGCUUCGGAAGCUUAUAGGAGUCAAGCACACUUUCCCUGGAGUGAAGGUUACGGAGGACAGACAAUCCCCUUCGCUGCUUGAAAUUGCGCCGGCAGUAUGGAAUCUUCGUUACUUACAGUCUAUGACAGCACAUGCGCAAACGAUUCCGGCCAUCGCCAACGGAUUAGCCAGAUUGCGUAGCGCCCGGUCAGCAAUGCUAAGAGAUAAAGUGAACAAACUGCUUGGAGCUGGAGCUGAAGAUGAAGCUAUAAGCAGCACCCUGAACCACUCGGAUGAUCUCGAAGAUGGAAUCGGAAAGGAAGUUAAGAAGAGGCUGUGGUCAUUAUGUCAAACAAGUAUCCAUGUCAAGCCUGCUUCCAAGACAGGCAAGCGAAAAGCCAAGGGCAAUAGAGAUGCCCCGGCAGAUACACAAGAGGAGGAGAUCCUGGAGGGAUUCACUCAACUUACUGAUGAUGGUUGGGUCAAUCAUCACCCGUCCUUGACCCAUGAUUACCACCCUUUCCACCUUAUUGGACAAGGCGUGAACACAAACACAGACAUGGAUAUGCACACGGACGCGGUCGAGUACGAUUACCAAUAUCAGUUUGGAAUCGUCGCCCUGCUCGGGGAUCACAGCGGGGAAGAAACAUACGGUGAGGAUGGAGUCGAAGAGUGGUAUGAUCUUGAAGGGGAAGAUAUGACACUUGACGAACUCCAGCCGAGCUCCGAAGGUGACUACGUCUAUGCAGAUGGACUUGGGAGGCUUCAUCCGAUUUCGAGGCACCAAGCCUUCCAGACACGUUUGAUGGGCGGUCCAACCCUGACAAGCAAUGAGCUGCAUUUUGAAGAAAUGGAGGAUGAUAAUGGUGAAGAACUUGGCGAUCCGGAAGAGUAUCUAGGAGAAUAUCUAGAAUGGGAUUCUGCAUGA